AUGGAAACGAAGCAGCAGGAUUCAAUCUGGAAGUCGGCGUUUGGCGAAGCUCAGUAUUUUGCCUCGGGCCUCAUUUCUCAUCCUUCAGAGUCCACGCGACAUUACUCCAUUAUUCGACACACUCGUGCAUUGAUAUGGUAUUCUGGCCCUUCUACUUCAGUCUCCAUCACAAUCCUCUCAGAUGAGCCUCUACCCCCUACGCGGACCCUUUGGAUGCAGCAAAAGGGAUACUCUGGCAACAUGGGCAUGGCUAUCAAGGCGUUGGCCGGCACAACCUCGUCCUGGAUCGACGUCACGCCUGCUCGUCGUGCCAACGUGAGUGACACGUCCGAGGCAGACGAGCGCAGUCUCCAGCGAGAUCUCAAGCGCUUUGCCAAAAAGGCGUCGGGGCGCCAAAAGAAGCACGUUCCGCGAGAAACUCACAUCGUGCGCAUUCCCGCCACCGCGUCGGAUGGCUACUUUCGCCUUGUUCUCUGCGGAGGUGCAGAAGCCGGCAAGAAGGUUUUGUGCGGGAGUCCAGUGUUUCGCGUGGCGAGUACGUCUGCUGAUGUGAGCGUCGUGAGGGGUGCGAGCCUGAGUACGAUGCCUUUGGAGAUGGGCGUCAAGGUUGCCAGCACAGUAGGACAAGUUAUGGCGAGCAAGUAUAUCGGAGCGGCGAGCGCAGUGGUGAAUAGCCAAGUAGGCAGCAUUGUGACGAAUUCCACGGUGAAGAAGGCUGGCACGAUGGCUUAUCAGAGUUAUCAGAUAACUGGUAUGGGAGAUGCAGUGCAGGAUUCUUGGCGACGGCAGAGGGAUCAACAGGAAAGAUAUGAUUCCCUGAUGGUGAAUGUGCCGGUGAUUCACAUGGUUGGUUCAGAGAGCGGUCCCGAGGCGCCGUUUCCCGUGAAAUUCGACGGAAAAGUUGUUCGAGGGACGGGCAGGUCGAUUGCAGAACUGGGUAUCCCAACGGCCAAUCUGAGUGGUGUGUCAGAUCAAGUCAAGGUUCGUAUGGGAGGUGUAUUCGCCGCUUGGGCUUGCAUACAACCCCCCAAGAACAGCAACGACGAUGCAAGCGGAGGAUUAAAUGACAUGCUGCCCACCGAUUGGCUCGAAGCUGUCGUUACCAUAGCGCCGUCUCGACACGCACCUCCUUCUGUCGCCAUGAAGAACAACGUCAUGGUACACAUCAUCCACGACUUUGAAGACAUGCAUUUCGUCGAUGCCAAAGUCAAAGUCUUGCUCAUGGGUUUCCUCCACCCAGCUGCCAACCCCCAUACCCCGCCAGAGCAUCUCGCAGGGGAGCACUCUCAAGACAUUAUGAACACUCUUGCUAGUCUAGGUCGCGUGGCUUGGGGCCCGCACGAUACGGUGGCGAUGAUGAAGAGUGUGAAGAGCAGCCGAAGUCUUGGAGAGAGGCUGGAUGAUACGACGGGGAGGGUGGUGUCGCAGGUGGAUAAGAUACCGAUGCAUUGGGUUGGGGUGAGAUCUGAGGUUGGUGUGAUGCAGGAUAAGGUGUAUGGGAAUGGAGGAAUGUGGAUUGUGAGGUGA